CGUACAAGCACCACCAUAGCGCCAUUUGCAGCAAGCAACGCGCACGUAGGGUUCAGAGGUUUCAGAUUAUAUACCACCAAAGCACAUACAGAGUAAUUAGCAGAGCAGCAGCAGCAAUUCAGCAUGGUUGUUGCGUCGUCGUCUUCGUCGUGGAGCGAGCUGAGGACGCUGUUCGCGGCGCUGGACAAGGACGCGGACGGGCGGAUCUCGGCGUCCGAGCUGCGCGCGUGCAUGGGGGCGACGCUGGGGGAGGACGUGCCCGCGGAGGAGGCGGAGGCGCUGGUGGCGUCUGCGGACGCCGACGGCGACGGGAUGCUCUGCGAGGAGGAGUUCGUCAGGCUGGCCCAGCAGGCUUCUUGGGCCGGCGAGGAAGAAGAAGAGGAGCGAUGCAGGGUGCUGAAGGAGGCGUUCGGGAUGUACGAGAUGGAAGGCCUAGGGUGCAUCACGCCGGCCAGCCUGCGGCGGAUGCUGGGCCGGCUGGGCUCCGACCGGCCCGUGGGCGAGUGCCGGGCCAUGAUCUGCAGGUUCGACCUCGACGGCGACGGCGUGCUCAGCUUCGACGAGUUCAAGAUCAUGAUGAGCUGAGCUACAGCUCGUCAUGAAGCGCCGGCCUGCGAGUUACUCAUGCGCUAUUAAUUUGCAGGGUGUUUGUAAUUAUACAGGGUUUAUUCGUUCGUUCGUUCUUUCGUUCAUUCGCGUGUUGAUUUUAGCAGCUGCCUGUGUAUACUCCAUGACGUUUUCCAGUAAUUAAUGAUAUGAAUACCCGUGAUUCCCGAU